CCGUAGCAGCCAGCCGAUGGCUUCCCUGGCCGUGCCGGAAUCGGUGGACGAUACGGGCGACGAAAUGGAUGAUCCGCUGGCGGACGAAGAGGCUCGCGUUGAAUCCGGUCGGCGUGAGAUACGCUCUACGCCCGAUUGGAGCGAAAACGCCGUCGCCGGGGACCACCUGUGGGCACCAACGUCCGCUUCCGGCGAGUGGUGUUACUUCGACGACGGUUGCACGCGACAAGGACCGCGGAUGAAAUGUGCCGGCUGUCACAUCAUCUGCCACGCCAGCUGCAUACCGGCGAUAAUGGAGCGCAACGAACCACUGUGCAAGCCGACCUUCUGCGACGUCGACGUACGUCAGUACCGGGAGCAGACGAAGAUCAGCCACCACUGGGUUCACUGCCGCAUGGAGAAGGGAAAAUGCAAGCAGUGUGGCAAGGCGCUCCAAGGCAAGCUGUCGUUCGGCAGCAAGGAAACGGUCGCUGUUUCGUGCGCCUGGUGCAAGGAUUCCUACCACAACAAGGACUCCUGCUUCAACCCGGAGCGGACGGGCGAGGAGUGUGACCUCGGGAAACAUCGCAGCAUUGUGGUUCCAUCGUCGUGGAUCGUGAAGCUGCCACCCAAGGGCAACUUCAAGUCGUCCCUCCGCAAGGCGAUCCAGAAAAAGAAGAAAACGAGCAAGAAGCCGCAGGAAGCGGAGGAACUACGCACGUUCAUCAUCAAGCCAAUCCCGACGGCCAACAUUACGCCGGUGCUGGUGUUUAUCAAUCCUAAGUCCGGUGGCAACCAGGGUGCCAAAUUGCUGCAAAAAUUCCAAUGGCUGCUGAAUCCCCGUCAGGUGUUCGAUCUGACCCAAGGGGGCCCACGAAUGGGGCUGGAGCUUUUCCGAAAGGUGCCUCAGUUGCGUGUUUUGGCCUGCGGAGGUGACGGUACCGUCGGCUGGGUGUUGUCCGUGCUGGAUCAGAUCAACUUUUCUCCCCCACCGGCGGUGGGCGUUCUCCCGCUGGGCACCGGAAACGAUCUAGCCCGUUCGCUUGGCUGGGGAGGGGGAUACACCGACGAACCGAUAGGGAAAAUUUUGGAAAACAUCGGUAGCAGUGACACCAUCCUGUUGGACCGCUGGAACUUAAAGGUGACGCCGAAUGAGGCGGCCGCUGCGAACGCGGCGGAUGGGAAGGAUAAUCUGCCGCUGAAUGUGGUGAACAACUACUUUUCCCUCGGCGUCGAUGCUCACAUCGCGCUCGAGUUUCACGAGGCAAGAGAGGCGCACCCGGAGAAGUUCAACUCUCGGUUGCGCAACAAGAUGUUCUACGGUCAGGCCGGUGGCAAGGAUUUGCUCAAGCGAAAGUGGAAGGGUUUGGCCGAGUUCGUGAAGCUAGAGUGCGACGGGAAGGAUCUGACGCCGAAGCUGAAGGAGCACAAAGUGCAUGCGAUCGUGUUCCUCAACAUCAACAGCUACGGUGGUGGCACCCACCCGUGGAACAAAUCCGGGGGCCAGUUCGAGCCAGCCACUGACGACGGAAUGAUUGAGGUGGUUGGGCUGACCACCUACCAACUGCCCUUGCUGCAGGCCGGCGGCCACGGUACCUGCAUUGCGCAAUGCAAAUCGGCCACGAUCGUCACCUCGAAGACCAUCCCGAUGCAGGUGGAUGGCGAGGCGUGCAAGCUGAAACCAUCCACCAUCGAGAUGACGCUCCUGAACAAGGCCGUCAUGCUGGCGAAGAAGAAACCGGGCCGAGCAAAUGUCCCGUUGGAGAAGCUCGAAUCGCUGAACGUGAAGCUUGCAAAGAUCAUUAUGUCCGACUACGAGCAGCAUCAUUACGACAAGGAGCUGCUACGGCAGGCAGCAGUGGAUCUCGGAACGUUGGACCUUCCCGUCACGGAUCUGGAGCAGCUUCGCAACAUUAUCAACAAAUUCUCCGAGGAGCAGCCGGACAGUCCGAAGCUGUCGCCCGACUGGUGCUUUAUAGAUUCUUGCACGGCGGAAAGAUUCUUCCGCAUCGAUCGGGCGCAGGAGCACCUGCACUUUCUAACCGACAUUGCAACCGACUGCCUGUUUGUGCUCGAGCAAGAGUGCCCAACGAUGCCCCAGACACCGCAGAAGGAGUUUCCGACUCCGAGCAGCCAGAUCAGCCUCGAGUCGAUCGCUAACGGCGAGUCGAGCAAAAUCGGCGUUUCGUCUCCAUCGAACGUCAAACUCCAUGGCCUAUCGCUGGACGAAACGGUUGCGAUGGAUCCGAAAAAAUCGGAAGUUCGCGAUCUUCACGACCCUUCCAGCAACCGUAAACUACCGGAACGUGGUGUAUCGGCGGACAAUUUCGGAAUCGAUCAGAGUCUUGAUCAAGUGGUUAAUUUUAAAAGUUUCCACGAACGACUGUUUGGACUCAAUGAGGAUGCGUUUGGCUUCAGUAAUUUACUGGAAAAAACAACUGAUGUCUUGAUAAGAGCAGCAAAGACGGGUAACUUGGCGUUGCUGAAAGAGCUACACUUCCAAGGAUACUCUCUGCUGUCGAUCGACUCGACUGGCCAAACUGCUCUUCACCAUGGUGCUCGCGGUGGCCAUAAGGACAUCGUUCGAUACCUCAUCUCCUACGCACCCAACACGAUUAUCAACAUGAUCGACAACGAAUCUGGUCAAACUGCGCUCCACAAGGCGGUCGCUAACAAACAUCGCAGCAUCUGCUACAUGCUCGUCGCCGGCGGUGCGAAUCUCAACAUCCAGGACCAGAAGGGUCAAACGGUGCGCAUGUUGGCCGCGAAGAUGGACGACUACGAGCUGGAGUCGUAUUUGGAAAAUCAGGAAAAGUUUCAGCUGAACGACUUCCGCAACAACACAUGAGACCGGACAGUGGAGUGAAACGGUGCUUACCGAUUCUCAGAUCUCUUCUCUUACUCGACGUUGUGUUAUGUUUGCAACCGUAUUUUAUUGCGAGCAGUUCAUUCUUACCUGUACCAACCAAUUCCGUUAGAAUGUGCCAGCAGCUUCGCUAUAUGUCACUGCUGGUGUAGAAAAUUAUGCAUUAAACUAUCUAAAGGUCACUAUCCGUCAAGCGAGCGUAGCGUAAGAUAUGGUUACCGGAUUGAACGGUGUUAUUUGUCGUUUGUUUAUUCGCAAAAAAAGGCCCAACACUUACAGUACGAUCCUGAAAUGCAUGCACUGACCAACAUUCUUAUUAGGCUUAACAAUGAUGAAAAUUGAUCGGUAGCGAUCUAGUUUUACUUAUAAGAGACGCGCUUAGCCGAGGCUUGAAGGUGAGAAGGUACGAUGAAGGAAUGGUUGAUAGAAGGUAUUUGUUAACCAAUAAAUGGUUGGAAUAAAAAGAAUAUUGCCGA